AUGAGUGAUGAAACUUUGGAAAUUGGUCCAGAGUAUGAUCCUCAGAGACGUUUGCUAUCCACUUUCAUUAAAGGUGAAUACCCAAUCCCUUCAGACGAAGAAAGGAAACCAUAUGCUUAUAAGAGUGCAAACUUGCUAAGUAAAAUUUUCUUUUGGUGGGUAACACCUCUUUUCAAAGUUGGUUAUUCGCGUACUAUUAGGCCCCGAGACCUUUUCUAUCUAACUGAUGAUAUGAAAAAUGAUAUCAUGGCUGAAGAGUUCAGUAAGAAUCUUCAAGAAAGAGUCGCUAAAUCCAAAUUGGCGUGGGAACAGGAUCCUGCAAACAAAGGGAAACCUUUUACAACUUGGCCCAAAUUAACAAUUGCAAAGACUGUCAUCACUACAUUUCGAGAUGAUCUUAUUUGGGCAACAAGCCUAGGGUUUGUGACUAUCUUAUUUAUGUCGUUAAUGCCAUUACUUACGAAACAACUUCUUAAGACAGUAGAGUCGUAUGAGCUGUCGUCUUCUCAUCAAAAUUUAGGACCCGGAAUAGGUUAUGCUAUUGGAAGUAGUCUUGCAUUGAUGGUUACCGGAAUUUUAUUCAAUCAUUAUUUUGAUGUAGCUUUUGGUUUGGGUAUAAGAGUCAAAUCCAUCUUGAUAACGCUAGUGUUAGAAAAGUCGUUUAAAUUACUGCCAGCUGCUAAAAAGAAACAUUCAGCUGGAAAAAUCACCUCCCUAAUGGGAACAGAUCUUUCUAGAGUUGAUAUGGGUGUGUUGAUGCAGCCAUUGACUGUUGUCUUACCCUUUGGAUUGGUCAUCGGAAUCGUUGUAUUGGCCAUUAAUUUGGGUAUCGCUACGUUAAUUGGAUUAGGAGUCUUCUUACUUUUCCUCUUUCUUAUUGGAGCUGGAAGUGCCAAGAUGUUUUCCUAUAGAGAUUCUGUUACAAAAUUGACCGAUAAACGUGUAGAUAUCAUUAAGGAAGUGUUAACUAACUUGAAAAUGAUUAAGCUUUACUCGUGGGAAAUUCCCUACAUGUCUAAAAUUAUUCAGGCAAGAAGUAAUGAAAUAAAUGCCAUGUUGAAAAUUCAAGGAGCAAGAAAUUUAAUAGAUGCACUUUCAUUGAAUUUAACUAGCGUCACAUCAUUUGUUACUUUUGCAUGUCUUUAUAAGAUUCAUGGAAAGACUAAGGGUCCAGCUGCUAUUUUCUCAUCAGUGGCCGCUUUUGAUACCUUAGCUGUUAUUACGUUUUUAUUGCCUAUGUGUUUGGCUCUUGGUGUCGAUUUAUUGCAUGCAUUCAGAAGAGUCGAAAGGUUGUUGUCCUGCGAAGAAGCUGUUGUAGAUGAAAACUACAUUACUAUUCAGGACGAAAACUCCAAUAUCUCGGUGAACAUUCAAAAUGCUGAUUUUUCCUGGGACACUUCGGUGGUACCAGAUGACCCAGAUGAAAUCAAGCAAAACUUAAAGGAAGAGAAAGCUAAGCUAAAAAAAAUCGAGAAAUUGAAAAAGCAAGGUAAAUAUGAUGCAGAGAUGGAAAACAAUGAUAAAAAGGAACUUUUAGGUAUCCAAAAUGAACGCUCGAACUUUUGUGGCUUGAACAAGAUUGAUCUUGAUAUCACGAAGGGAGAGUUUGUUGUUAUCACAGGUACCGUUGGGUCAGGAAAAUCUUCGUUACUUAAUGCCAUUGCUGGCAAUAUGAAACUUGAUUCUGGGAAGAUUACUGUGAAUGGAGCUUACUUGAUGUGUGGAGAGCCAUGGGUGCAAAAUACAACCAUUAAAGAGAAUAUUUUAUUCGGCUCCGAAUUGAAUGAGAAGUUGUAUAAGAAAGUUAUCUCUGCCUGUGCGUUACAACAAGAUUUGAAUUCGUUUGAUGCUGGUGACUACACUGAAGUUGGUGAAAGAGGAAUCACUCUUUCUGGUGGUCAAAAGGCAAGAAUUAAUUUAGCCAGAGCUGUUUAUGCACAACCUGAUAUCAUCUUAUUAGACGAUGUAUUAAGUGCUGUAGAUGCAAGAGUUGGUAAGCAUAUAGUAUCCCACUGUCUCUUGGGACAAUUGAAAAACACCACAAGAAUAUUAGCAACCCAUCAACUUUCUUUAAUCGAAAGUGCUGACAGGGUGAUAUUCCUAAAUGGCGAUGGAACAAUAGAUAUUGGGACAUUCGAUGAAUUGAAUAACAGAAAUGAGGGAUUCAAGAAUUUGAUGAGUUUCAGCAGCACUAAGAAAUACUUAGAAGAAGAUGAAGCUAAUUCACCUUCACCGAUUCAAAGUACCCCGGGUGACAUUGAAGAAGACUAUAAAUAUGAUAAAACCGUGGAAACCAGAAGCAUUACCGAGGAUGGAGCAAGUGAUAAUGCUGAGCUGAAUAUAGAAGAAGCCCAGAAAGAUAUUACUAAAGGUAGAUUACAAGAAGAUGAAGAAAAGGCUGUCAAUAGAAUUAAAUUCCAGAUUUAUUAUAAUUACUUGAAGGUGGGUGUUCAAAAAUUAGGAAUGAAAGGAUUUCUUUUGGUAUUUCCAGUAUCCGCUGCUUUGACGACUUUCACAACUCUUUUCACUAAUACCUGGUUAUCGUUCUGGAUAUCAGAUAGAUUUCCAGGUAAAGACAGUUCUUUCUGGAUUGGCCUUUAUGCCUUGUUCACUUUCGCUUCGGUUUUGUUUGUUUGCGUGGAAUUUUUUAUUUUGGUUAACACAUCAACUAGAGCUUCCAAGAAUCUUACUCUUCUGGCAGUGAAGAAUUUGCUCCACGCUCCAAUGUCAUUUAUUGAUACUACUCCAACAGGUAGGAUUUUAAAUAGGUUCACUAAAGACACAGAUGCUUUGGACAACGAAAUCAGUGAAAAUUUAAGAUUCUUAUUCUACGGAUUGGGGAACUUGAUCGGUAUUCUCAUAUUAUGCUGCAUCUACUUACCAUGGAUUUUGGUUGCAGCCCCUGUGUUUUCUAUGAUAUUUGUGUGUCUUGCAGAAUACUAUCAAGCAACUACGAGAGAGAUCAAGAGGAUCGAAGCAGUCCAGAGAUCAUUUAUUCAUAAUAAUUACUCCGAAACUUUGAAUGGUAUGACUACUAUUAAGGCCUUUGGAGCCGAAAGAAGGUUUGUUGGGAAGAAUAAUGAAUACAUCAAUUCUACUAACGAGGCUUCAUAUUUAGUGAUAGCGAAUCAAAGAUGGCUAUCAGUAAUGUUGGAAGUGUUGGUAUUCUUUUUCACGUUAAUGAUUACUUUGAUGUGUGUUAAUAGGGUGUUCAAUAUUAGUGCAGCAUCCACAGGUUUAGUUGUGAGUUACGCCUUUAGUAUGGGAAAUGAGUUGUCUCAAUUUAUUCGAUUAUAUACUGAAGUGGAGAAUGAUAUGAACUCAGCAGAAAGAUUGGAAGAGUACGCCUAUCGUAUGCCUCAAGAAGCACCUUCUAGAAUUUCUCACACGGAACCAGAAGCUUCGUGGCCAAGCAAGGGUGAAUUGGAGUUUAAGAAUGUUUCUUUGCGUUAUAGACCAUUGUUGCCUCUUGUUUUGAAGGAUUUAAAUUUUAAAGUUCAACCGGGCGAAAAGGUUGGUAUUUGUGGUAGAACUGGUGCUGGUAAAUCUUCCAUCUUGAGCGCAUUGUUCAGAAUCUCUGAAUUAGAUCAAGGUAGCAUUGUCCUUGAUGGAGUUGACAUCAGCAAAAUCGGUUUACAUGACUUGAGGGCAAAUCUAUCCAUUAUUCCACAAGAUCCCGUUUUGUUCAGCGGGACAAUAAGGAAAAAUUUAGACCCAUUUAGUGAUCUUGAAGAUGAAGAACUUUGGGAUGCGUUAAGACGUGCAGGAGUCAUUGAAGAGGAAGAUUUCCAACAAGUAAAGGAAUCUACUUCCGAGACUAGUAAGGAAUUACACAAGUUUCAUUUAGAUCAAGGCGUAGAAGAACUGGGAGCUAACUAUUCCUUAGGAGAAAGACAAUUGAUUUCUUUCGCUAGAGCUAUGUUGAGAAAUACCAAGAUCUUGAUUCUUGAUGAAGCAACUAGUUCUGUUGAUUAUGAAACUGAUAGUAAGAUCCAGAAAACAAUUCUUAAAGAGUUUAGUGAUUGUACAAUACUAUGCAUUGCCCAUAGAUUGAAGACGAUUAUUAACUACGAUAAGAUAUUGACCUUGGAUAAUGGGCAAAUGUCUGAAUUCGAUGCUCCUUGGACAUUAUUUAAGGAGAAUGGAAUCUUUAGCCAGAUUUGUGCAAAAUCUGGAAUAUUAGAAUCCGAUUUUAUAAGAAGAUAG